GCUGGAGGAAUCUUUGGUUGUCAUGACUACAAUAUCAGAAAGGCCAUAGCCUCACAAUUGAAGCUGCAGGGAAUUGGAAGCAGUCCUGGGACAUCGUUUCGAGUUUCGGACAAUGAAAUAUUGUUGUAUACUGGCAUUGAGCAUGCUUCAGAUAUCAUACCUGAUCAUGGCAGUGCAGGAAUGAGCUCAUCUUCGGUCGAGUUGAGUCCAUACGAUUCGACCAACGAGAACCGAAACUGGUCAAAUCAAAACUCGUCAUCAACUGUUAAGAAAUCUGGUUCUGUAAACUCUGCAGCGCAGCGAUUGAAAAGUGUGUUUCAUUGGCCUCGAAUCAAAGAUAAGAAGAAAAAAGAGAGUGCUAAGAAGCAAAUUGAUGAAGGGUUCGUUGAAGAAUCACACAAGAAAUACAGCAGUUCAGAUGAAACUCUAACCCCUUUGAGGCAAAGGUUCUCCAAGCCAUUGGCUCUUCCCAACAACAAGCGGACACUUUCAGUGAGGAGCAAUCAAUCAAGCCCAUCUACUAAGAAGAAACACGCCACUGGUCUAAUGCGUGGUGUCACUCAGGGCAUGCCACACACAGCCAUUCCCGCCACUCCCCAUCGAUCCCGCUCGAGCUCGUUUUCAAAAUCAUCGCUUUCUUCACCAAAUUCAGCAGAAAAACAGAAAGGCAUUUGUUUUGACAGUGAUGGUGCAGGGCCUUCUUCAAACCAAGCCAUCGACAGCGAAACACGGAAAAAUCUCGGGAAACAAAGCUCGGUCGAUAGGAAGUUGAGGAGCCAGUAUUUCUGUUUUGGUGCAGGAAGCCUAAUUGGGAGAACAACAGUUAGCAAGCAGCAGCAGCAGCAGAGUCGGAGUUACAAGCUCCCAGUGGUUUCAGUGUCGUAGGCACGAAGAAGAGGGACGACGAGCAACAUCGUCGUCACGACAUAACGUAGCAGAAGAGUAAGCUCUGCUUAGCCAGUGGCAAGCUGUCUGAGGUAUGUUUCUGUAAAUUGGAACAAACUUUAACUGAAGUAGCCAUGUGAAUAUGUUAUAGUUUGGAAGCUUGAUUUGUUUGUGAGAGCUGUGAUGAUGUUAAGAUAAUAGAUGAAGGGCGAUGUACAAUUAUAAGCUAGUGGUUUGGAUUAUAUGAUGUCAAUAAUUGAGAGAGAGUUGGCUUGUUCAAGUAACAUGCGAGUCACAGCUGCACAAAACAUGUGAUUCAGGGCCUUCUCUUUAUAAACAAUUUUGUAUAUUUUGACCUUGUCAUUUAUUGUAUGAUUAGACUUAAAAUAACAAAGGGGAGAGAAGGUGUACAAUGACGAGCUUAGUCUCAUAGUCACGUUACUAGUCAUGCUUGUCUAGAACAUGUUGUUUAUGAUCACAUAUUCACGUCUUUAAUGUUAUAUUGUUUUACUAUU